AUGGAGGAUGAGGUAGCGACCGUCUUAGAUUAUGAAAGCAUGUAUCCUUCAGUAAUGAUUGAGUCUUGUGUGGAUGCGUUAUUGGAUUUCUUGUACAUAAAGAACUCCCAGUUGCUUCUUUACACGCAAGAGCUAGAAGAACUGGCUAACCUGGUGUGCUGUGAGUCGUGCUUCAUCUUUUGUGGUCAGAUCUACAGACAAAAAAGAGGGGUUCCGAUGGGGAGUCCCCUCUCAGGAAUCCUUUGCGAAUUAGUUGUCAGAAGACUAGAAAGAAGGGUUCUUCAUGGGUUCAAAGAUGAUAUCGUAUAUUUCAGCAGGUAUGUGGAUGACAUUCUGAUCUUAUGGAAGAAUAAUAGGAGGGUGCAUGAAUUUAUGAGUAGAAUUAAUGAUAACAAUGAUGGGCUUAGAUUGAGAUUAGAACAAAAGAGUUCCAUGAAUGUGCACUUCUUGGACAUUAAUAUCCGGUUUAUGAAAGGGCAUUUGUCCACAAGUGUUUAUAUUAAACCUACACACACACCAUUAUAUAUACCAUCCCAGUCUAUGGAUCCGUAUCAGUAUAAGAUGGCAGCCUUCCGAGCGUUAAUAAGGAGAGCUUAUUUAUAUUGUGACCAAAUCGCUGACAGAGAGAAGGAGAUUGAUAGAGUAUUGCAGGUGGCCCGGACCCUGGGUUACAGAAAAAGUGUAAUUGUCGGAAUGCUUAAGAAGUAUGAAAGGGGCAUAGUAAAAAGAACUUUAAGAAAUGUUCCUACUAGGCUCACGAAAUUUACUUAUAAUAGUAGUAUGAAUAGUGUUAUGAAGGAAAUUGCUAGACGAAAGGAAUCAAGAAUGGUAUUAAGAAGAGCCCCUAAUUUGUAUAAGAUCUUGAGAAACGAUAAGGAUAAUAUCAGAGCGGAGGAGAGAGCAGGGGUGUAUAAGAUUCCUUAUGAAAACUUACAACUGGACGUUAAAAAAGAUUAUAUCGGCGUCACCACCAGAAGCUUGGGAGUAAGGCUCAAGGAACAUAGAUAUGCCAUAAGAAAAGCGUCUAAUUCAACGGUUUUGUCACAAAUGGCGCAAGCACAAGGAUCUGAGGUGAAAUGGGACGAGGCAACAAUCAUCAAACCUCUGUCUUCCCCAACUCUAGCAAUGACGGCAGAAAAAAUAGAAAUAUACAGAAGUAAGAUAAGAGAAGGCUGUUUAAAUGCGAGGGAUUCCGAGAGCCUGCCUUCGGCAUGGAAAUAUUUGGUUAAGAAAUAUACUACAAGCUCCGACCAGAAUUAA